AGGGCGCGCUUGCUUGUUUAACAAACUAAACGUGCACGUCGUGCGGUGUGCAUGCGUUUAAUCACGACAGUUUUUGUCAUUAAUUUUCUCAUUUUGAGGAACUCUGAAGACACAUCAUGUCAUCUUUUAGAAAAGCUGCAAAGUCUGCCCAGAAAACGCACAGGGAGAGAUCACAGCCUGCAAGCAGAAACAACCUGGGGUUGCUUGAGAAGAAGAAAGAUUACAAACUACGAGCCAAGGACUACCAUGCCAAAGAGGACAAGUUGCGCAAGUUGCGCAGGAAAGCCCUGAACCGAAAUCCGGACGAGUUCUAUUUCAAAAUGGUCAGCUCUCGACUUGAGGAUGGCGUCCAUAAACGUCUCAAGAAAGAAGACCCUGUGACUGAAGAGCAGCAGAAAAUGAUGGACACUCAAGAUAAACGAUACGUCAACUACAAACUGGCAGUGGAAACCAAGAAAAUUGAGAAGUUACGUUCUACCCUGCACUUAGUGGACGAGGUUCAAGAGAAGCCAAAGAAUAAACACACGUUUUUUGUCAACACAAAAGAAGAAGUUGAAAGUUUUGAUGUUGCAGCUCACCUUAGGACAUUGCAGUCAGACACCUCAACCCCUCUGGAUGAAAACAGUGAACUUAUCCUUGCCAUGGAGAAAACCAAGAAGUACCGCGAGUUAUCCCAACGAAAGGACCGACAGAAACAGCUGAAGAUUAUCGCAGACAAGAUGGACUCCAGGAAAAUCAAAAAGGACAAGAGAAGAAAGGUCCUCAUUCAACCAGAGACCAAGUCAUCACCAGCAGUCUACAAAUUCUACCCAGAGAGAAAAAGAUGACAUCAGUAACCAUGUUUUAAGCCUUAUUUAUGUGCCAACUUAAAGGCAUCUAGGAUCAUUUGCAUUUAUCCCAACGGUUAUCUACCAAAUUAUUAAUAAAAGCUGACUUGGAUUGAA